AUGGACGAUAUAUUUGAUGAAACAGGCGAUGAUUUAUCUGUAGCUCGACAUGAUGCUCGAAUAAUUGAAACAAUUCGUUUCAAAGAUGGUUUUCGUGAAGGUUCUGAAUCAAGUGAACAAGAUGCAUUUGAAGAUGGUUUUAUACGUGCCUAUUCUUUAAUAGCAUCACUUGUUUAUGAUUAUAAUUAUGAAAAAGAACGUUUACGGUUGGAAAAUUCACCAUUAGUUAAAGAACUUCAACAAUUUGAUAAUGAAUUUCAAUUAACUAUAAAUCAAUUGAAAGCUCCUGAUGAAAUAAAUGAAGAACAACAAAUUGAAACUAUUAAAAGUUUACGAAUACAAUUUGAUGAACUUCUAUUGAAAAUAAAACUUGAAUUGAUAACAAUUAAAUCUGUUUAA